GGGCGUGUUUGUGUCCUGGUACCAGACUGCUCUGCAAGCAGCUGAAAGGAAGAGAGAUUUCCCAUCACACACACACACACACUUGUCUUUACAACAUAAACACACUGCGAGGGACGAAUUCACACGGAGUAUGGACCUGAGUCUGCGAGAUGCUCUGGGUGGAGGUGGAGGCGGGGCUCCAGCUGAGCCCCUGCUUAAGAGAGACUUUGUGGCUUCGCUGGAGAAGGAGAGCUACGACGACAAGGUGGGAGAGACCGUUUCUAAGACCGACUACAGACCCUUGGUGGCUGGAAAGGACACCAAGAGUGGUUCUGGAUUGAUGUCUUCUAUGAUGUCCUCUGUUGGACGCCAGGACCCCCCAGGACAGCCCGCCUUCGGCUCCGACUACCUGUCCGGUCCAGUGAUGGGUGGGAUGACAGGACAAUGGAGCCUGAACAAGACAAAGGACAGCAGCAUGCCUGAUUCAUUUCUAGCAGGAUUCUCUCAGUCUGGGAUGGGUGGGACCAUGGGGUCCGGCCUGCCACCAUUCCAGACCACUAUGACCUCUAGUCUGGGCCACACUGGGAUUAGUCCUGCUAUGGACACCCAGAAGAGCUCCGGGCUGUUUAGUGUGGAGAACAAAACCGCCACUAGCCUCAGCGGAAGCAACACUUUCAAAACCAGCGAUCCGUUUUCGUCCGGUGGCCCAGGAAUCCACUCAAUGGAUCCAUCUGCAGCUCCCGUCCUCUCUCCCAGUGGCUCAAUGGACGACAGCAGUCCCACAUCCUCCAACUCUGAGCCCCCCAGCCCAGAGAGAGUGGGGACAGGGGGAGAGACUGGCAAGCUGCGGCGGCGGAAGAAGAAGAGGAAGGGCAGCGAUGAGGUCUACGACUUCUUGGAUGAGCGGGAGAAUAACACUGGCCGAUCAGACAAGCACAGGAUGCAGGAAGAAGAGGACGACAGAGAUGAGGAGGAGAACUGGGAGCGGGAAAUCAGAGAGAGUGGAGGAGGGGGUAGGGUAAAAGGCAGGAAGACCAAGAGUCGGGCAAGACUUCCAGAGGAGUGGGGCGCACCCCAGCAACCUGUCUCCCCCACACCGGCUACCGUUGCCCCAAGGUUUCCCCUUGACACAGCCCCUGAACAAAUACCUACAAGUUUCACUAACUGCUCCCAUGUUAGCCUUGUAGAAGAUCCAUCUCCACGUGCCUAUGAACCCAUGUGUGUAGUAGAUUACCCUCUGUCUAAUAAAGAUGGGCCAAAGCCAAAUGAAGAAAAAGUUUCAACCAGUAAGCCUGAGGCUAACAGUAGCUUUACCACUAAUACUGCCACUAAAAGUGGGGAUGUUAGUGAAAGUCUAGCGCUACUGACAGGGGACAAUCUGAGCCCAGUCUCCCAGACCUUCUCUUUCCUCGAUUCAGUCCUCCAGACUCCUCCAGGCUCUACCCCUGACUCUCAGACCACGACCCCCAUCACCAACACCCCCUCUGUUGCCACUGUGUCUCUAACUAGGUCCAUUCCUAUGGAAACUGCCAUGCCUGCUUUGCAACCUCCCUCUGCUUUCAACCCUUCUAAAAGCACUCCAGACCCUGCUUUGACUCCUUCCACCAACCCACCACCCCCAGCUCCUGCAACGGUUGCAUCAACCCUCAAUGUCAAUGCUGAGCCUUUUAUCCCCUCAGGCACAUUCAUGUCCUCCACUGCUGCUUCUGCUGUUAGUUCAGCAACAGCAGCGUUACCAGGUACUCCUGCUCCCAUGACCACCACCUCUGCUAGCCUGCUUUGUUCCUCCUCCGCUCCCUUUAAAAAUGAAGCCACCCCCUCCUCAUCAUCAGACACUCCCCAAAAAGGUGUAGGCAUGCCUCUUAGUUCACCCAAUCUUUCUUCCUCCAUCACCCGAGCAGUCCCUCCCUCCUUUCUUGCACACUCAGAGCACCAGGAGUCCUCGUCGACACAGCUUCCCCUUCUGGAAGUGAAAUCUGACAACAAGGAGAAGCAGGAGAAGAUGGACAUCAUCUCUAGCAAGAUGGACAGGAUCAACAACUUGGACAAGAAGGAAAACAACACUGACAAGAACCAGAAGCCAGAGAUGAUCCUCAAAAGUGAGGAAAAGAUGGAGAAGCUGAACAACAAGGCUAGCGAGAAGCCGGAGAAGGUGGACAAGCCGGAGAAGACCAACAAGGAUGAAAAGAAGGAGGAGGAUAAGAAGCUGGCUGAGAAGAAGGAAGAGAAGGGAGGAAAAGGCCCAGCCAAGUCUCCCACAGGCAACGGCAGCAAAACCGUGCCAAGCGCCGACAGCAAGAGCAAGCCUGAUGUGGGUCCAACCAAACAAAACUCAGCCAAAUCGCGUCCAUCCACCCUUUCCACCAAUGAUGUGGCCAACUCUGCCAAACGCCCGUCCCCCACUGCAGCCAAUAAAAAAAGCCCUGUGCCCAAGGCGACCACACCCACCGCUGCAAAACGUCAGCCAACCACAGGCUCGACCAAGGCUGCCAAGACUCCAGAAAAUGGCGGCGCAGAGAAACGCCCACCCGUACCGAAGGCCACGCCCACUCCUCGGCAGGCCCCCAGUAAGAACGGCACCUCUGCAGCAGCUGCGAAUAAAACCACAGCUAGCAAAAGUGACAAGAAUGAGAACAAGACGGGGGAGGCCAAGAAACCCAAAACUACAACGCGUCCUCGCCCCGCAUCCACAGCCACUCCGGCUACCCCAUCUGCCUCCACCAACGGUGAAGGUGCCGCCACCCAUCGCCGCCGCGUCAUCACGAAACCCCCGGUGCCCAAGCAGACCCCUCUAGAGAAGAAACCAGCGGCGCCUCGCCCUCCCCGAACCCCUCGACCCAUCAAUGCUCCGACGCCAGAUCUGAAGAAUGUGCGCUCCAAGAUUGGAUCCAUCGACAACAUCAAGUACCAGCCAGGAGGCGGGAAGGUCUCCUCCACCCCGAACAACAAGACAUCUGACCCCGCCACCCCCGCCGCCAAGGCCAGAGUUCAGAUAGUGCACAAAAAGCUGGACUUCAGCCACGUCACCUCCCGCUGUGGCUCCAAGGACAAUAUCAAACAUGUCCCUGGAGGUGGCAAUGUGCAAAUCUUGAAUAAGAAGGUUGACCUGAGCAAGGUGACCUCAAAAUGUGGCUCCAAGGACAACAUCAAACAUAAGCCAGGCGGUGGUGACGUGAAGAUCGAAUCCCACAAGGUCAACAUCAAGGCCAAGUCUAAGAUCGGAUCCCUGGACAACGUGGGACCAGGCAGCGAGCAGACAAAUGGACACAAGGAGGAAAAAACAGGAGAGAAGACAUCUUCCCCCGCAAGUGGCGCUCCACAACAAACAACUGCACCGGCAAGCGUUGCUAAGGAGAACGGCAUGAAGGAGCCCACACCUUCUCCUUUCGGAGGGGACGGUCUAAAGGAGCCCCUUAGCAUAGACAAACGCAUCGCUGAGAAAAACUGAGUCCCUGUGAGCUCCAGAUAGUGGUGGGACAUGCAUGACGCUCACUGACCUGCCAAUCAACUGACCAACAAAAUUACCACGGCACAGUCACUUCCCUCUGGCCCGGCCCUUCACCUCACCCACUGCAGCAUCGAAUCAACCGACUGCCUCUCAGUCUUUCUAUGAGGUCCGCCUGCCAGUGUCCUCCUACCGACCCUGAUCUUUGACCUCUAAAAGCACCCGAGCUGACAUUUUUCCCCGUAACCUACAAAGAAGACCACUUGUUGUUUGUCUACACAGCUCUUUGUGGGGUUCCACCAGCUUAAUAUCUUGUAACCACAGAUAUAGUUAAGUUUUACCCCUGUUCACAAAAUCUAACAACCCAGACACAGAAAAUACCCGUAAGCAGAGUCACCUACUUCAAAUAUUGUUCAACCUAUGAGUCUCAGUGCUGACUUUUCUCUGAUCUCUUUGAAAAGCCUUCACCUUCCAAAACUCCACUGAUGUUCUAACCGUGUCAGUAGAACUGUACUUCACUUCCAGUUCUGUCCUUCAGAUGUCACUACGUCUCAUCUAAUCAUUCUUAUUGGUAUUCAACAGCUCACACUAUUUAACCACACUCAUAUGGUUAAUAUGGUUUAUUCAGUGAAAAAAAUAACUGCAGUAAUGUUUUUAACUCCGUAUUAAAAUUUUCCUGAUAGACUUGGUAGAAGUGGUUGCAGAGUACACCAUGGAGUUUUAAUCGACUUAGAGGUGUUCAAAAUAAAGUUCAAAAGCUUAUCUAGUGUAUUUUUGUCAGACGUAGGCGGCACAUUAGGAUGAGAGAAGCACCAAGAAACCAGCUUAUGACCAGAAUCAACCUGUUUUUUCAUUUUGAUUGUCCACAAUAAGUCGGAAAGUUAAAAAAUGGAUAUUUUUCGCGAACAUACCAUAUUUAACAACUUUCUUCAGUGUCAAUCUUUUUACUCAGAGAAGAAAUCUUAAAGUUAGCUAUUUUCACUAGUGAGAUGUUUGAAACUGUAGUCAGAGGGAUGUGGGAAGCUCUUUAAAGGGAAUCUAUAUUUUCUAUGACAUGCCAAGAUGUGUCUGCGUGUUAUUCAGGUUGCGAGAGAGUGAUACUUUUCAAGUAGAUAACAGUAAGGCCGAACAUAUGUAUUCAUAGUUGCCGUGUUUUAUUCUUUCAAGCUUUCAAACUCGCUCUUUCAGUUAGACAUUAGAAAAUGUGAUUACCUCAAAGUAAUGUUAAAAGAGGAAGGAUGGAGAAUGUUUGAAGCUUCUCUGAGUGGUCUUGGCUUUAAAUUGAUGAUACUGUUGUAAGUUAGGGUUGUAACAGGAAGACCUAGUCCCUUUGAUUGUUACUUUAUGUUGCUUCCUUUUAAAUCAACAAACAUAAAGGAAUUGGCACACUGUGUACUUCCUUUAACAGUAAUUGCAGACAGUAUCUAUCAUCUGGUUAUGGAAAAUGACCUGGCAGAAUUGAUGUUAUGAUCUAGAAAACAAAGAUCAGAAGCUUUUCCAGUGGCUGUCACAAGCAUGUGUUAACCGCAAAUACGCAAUAUUUAGAAUAAUUCUUGUGCCAAGUUGUACACAAAUAUGAGUACUAAACAGUCUGGAUAUAAUGCUUAUGAAGAUGCAGCAAUCUUUAGUUAACAGUUUGUUUUUUUUACCGUAUUAAGCAUUUAAUUGAGGUUGGUCUUGCUUGGUACAUUUGAAAAGGCAAAAAAAAAAAGAAAAACAGAUCUCCCACACCAGACUCAUUUAAGCACUUCCAGACAUUCAGACAUAUACAGUAUAUUACUCUGUUCAACACAUCUUUCUGCCUUUCUACUCAUGACGUUAACCUUUUUAUAGUCCACCACACUUUUCUGCACUCCUGCAACCCCUGUGAGACAGCUGCUACUCUGAGACUUGUCUGGUCUACAAUCAUUAGAGAAAAGCAGGCAUAGGGUCCCUUUUUUUCCUUAUGAAUCUGUUGCCCCUCCUGGUUAUGUGCAUCACCAGAUUUGAGGGUUGAAAGCCCUCACUGUAGGCAAUGAACCACUAACACACUCGCAUAUACUGUAUAUCUAUAGGACAAGCUCACACACACAUACACAUCGGUGUGCCUGAGCGCCGAACAGUCACACACUAAAAGCCACCACUUUGUGGUUGGGUAGUUCACACUAACAUGCUAAUAUUGUUGCAACAAUGGUUUGUUUCAUUGUCAUUGUUGCAUAUUUUCCACACUGGCUUCCCAUGUUGCAGUGUCUCUGUAUCUCUUUCCUCUUCCUGUGUCUUUCUCCAGCUUUCUGACAGCAAUACAGUAACAUUAUAAAUGAAGGCUUCUUGUCACCUGUGCAUUUACGUGACACAAAGACAGAAAGAGGACAGAGAACGGCUGAAGUGAACAGAAGUCCAGAGAUAGGAGACAGUUAAUCUAUAGGAAGAGCUGCCACUCAUGGGGAAUAAUAACAUAGCAUUCAUGUUUAAAACUUUAUGGUCAUUUAGGGGUUUUCCUCUACACAAUAAAAUCCCACCGCUUACAGUGAGACUCAGAGGAGCAGAUCGUUAGGCUUCACGUUUUCUGCUGCUCUUCUUAGCACAUAUUUUACCCUGACAUUUGUAUUGUAAAUAGAUGACAAAAAAAAAGUUUUUUGUUACGUUUUUUUUUUUUUGUGCAGCAUGUUUGAUUUACGUUGGAUGCCGUUUAAAUAUACAGAAUGUUCUUAAAUCAUACAACGCUGGACAGCAGGAACUGCCCAGCUCUAAAAUGCAACAGUAUUUUAGUUAAGCAGAUCCCAGAACAGCUUGUAUAUUUGAAGUUUUCUUUCUAAAAUACUUUUCAUUUUAAAACUAGGAGAAGCUAAAAGCAGUUUUGUUCACAUCGCCACAUUUAUUAUACACAUGCAUUGAUGCUUUUUGGAGCAGCUGGCUGGGUUGUUUUAAACAUAUUCCCUUAAAGUAAAUUGCUGUACAUUAUUUCUAGUGCAGGCUCCCCUCGACACUGUGAUGUGGCUUUGAUUUAGGCCAAAACAUUUCCAAAAUGUGCUACGCGUCACAAAUCGAACAUGAGCAGGCUGUGUCCUUCCUGCUCACAGUGAUUUCAAGGUUGGGAUGGUCUCUGGUGAAUACACUGAGGGAUUUGCGACAUCUCUGUGGCGUACUGUAGUUGUCAGAUGUGUGAAGUGUUACUACUGCAUUCAUCCUGUAGAGAGCGCUGCUUAGCCUCUUGAACACUGAUAGUCUGGCUCUGUGACUUUACAAAAAAAGCUAACUGACAAACAUCCCCCACCAGAUUCCCCUAUACUGUACUUAUUUAAGCUAGCGCUCUGUUAUUGUGUCUGGAACACUAAAUAUUAUCAGCACCACAUGGCUCGUGUAAAGAACCCUUACAGGGAAAAAAAAAAAGGUUUUGUGCACUUUGAACACAGUCUUGUUCAUUUCUUGAUGCACUCAAGUGAUAUAACUGUACUCAAGUUGCUUUACUGUAUAUUGGUAAAAUCUUGUCAGCUGUGUACUGUACGUCUGUGCUUCUGGGAACAAAACCGUCUUGGUAGUUUAGUGAAACUUACGGUGAUCAAAGAGCAAGUGAUCAAAUAGUCAACAGUUAAGUCUAGAAAACUUACGAACAACAUAUAGGCGUAUUUAUUAUCGUAUCGUUCCUUCCAAACAAAUCCCUCGAGUUGCCUGAAAGCAACACACGUCACAUGACACAUGCGUGGAUCAUAUGUGAAAAUAAUAAUAAUGUGAACCUUUCUUUUGUUUUGUUUUGUUUUUUUUUUCUUUGCAGGCAGAAUAACUGAAAUAUCAAAGCACUUUGAUAGAUGUAGGUGCUGGACUGUGUAUAGAGGAAUAGGAGAAAGUUGUAGUCUUGUUGUGUCUCAGUAGCUCAUUGAAAGAGUGCGCCGUCAUAUGAGGAGAUGAGCUGCUGUUUGGUGGAUUUUAGUGGAACUUGGGUUAUCGAUGUUGUGCUGCUGGCUUUGAUAGUCAAACACUCAGCUCUCCAGGCUGCCCCGAUGAUAUUCUUGUCGACAUUCUCCGGGAUUUACAUUCUGGCCAAACUGCAAGGUCACAUUUACUGAAUGGAAUCGUAUAUUUUUUAUCUUCUGCUCAAAAGGCUCAAUGAACUUUGUGCCACCUUUCUUUAAUAUAGUUUACACUAGGAUAGACGUAACAACAAGACGGGUUAACAAAAUGUAAGUUAUUAGCAGAAGAUAGUAGCUUUCAAACUUUAUUUACAUGCAUAAAAACUGUAAAUUCUACGUUUUCCAUGUCCUGCCAAACUGACAGACAUGUUCAAAAAGUUGUGCACCAACACUUGGACUCAAGUUUGGUUUGUUUGUAAUGGAAAAAUAAAAAAAAAUUUUGUUUUUUGUUAAUCUAAUGUAUUAGCACAACGUGACUGGUUUAAGGGUACAGUCAAUAUGCAUUUAAUAUGACUGCCUUACAUUUAAUGUUUGGCAAUAGUUGCACUUUAAGAAAAACUGUUUAUCUAAAAUCUUUUAUAAACAGAGUACUGCAAUCACUUUUAAUUAACAUGUUGCUAUAAUGUUUAAAAGUGCAAAAUGUAAGAAAUACAUUGUUAUUAGCUUACAAGCUAAUACAACUUAGCCUGGUUACCAAGUCUCUACCAAAUUCAAACAUUUUCUUCCUUAUUUACAUUAACUUUGUUUUGACUGAUAACGUAAGAAAUUGUUCAAUAAAUGACUUGGUCAAAUCAAGGGAAAUUGGGAAUAUAAAAUCAAUAUUUUUCAAAAGCAGGAGUGUUUUCGUCAUAUUCUCUUUUAUUAAAUAAAUAAUCUCUACAUAUUUAUUGCACCAGACCACUAAAAAUCUAAUUCUACAUAAUACUUAUUUGUAAUGUACAGCUUUCAAACUGAUGUUAUUAUUGCCAAAAUCUACAGUUGAGGUGAUCAGUAAUGGACCAUUAAAUCUACCAAGAUUAUAAAGAUUUAAUAGAAUUGCAUUACUUAUUAUUCAGUACAGCAUCAUUUAGUGAAAGAUGAUAUGGGAAGAAGUUAAUGUUGCUUUGCAGCUUGGACAAAAGGUAAUAACCGGAUUCACUCUAAUAUCAACUCACAAUGGUUCCGAGUAGCCUUUUAACAACACCCUUCCACUAGUAUCUCACACUGUCCCUUGUACAUAAUCAACACUGUGUUUUUAUCACCCCAGAAGUAUUUAAUUAAAGUUAAAAACAACAGAAAAAUGCAAAAAAAAUCUUACGUUUUAACGGGAUGUUGUGGAUGUUGCCAGUUGAACAUACCUGUUCAUGUAAACCUGCAACAGCUUAGCUCAAUAAAAGUGUUAUUGUAUGGGUGAAAGCAUAAGUAAGGAAACAUACUUUUUUUCCUUUUUCAGAGUCUGCCUUUUUUCUCCAAGAAAAGGGCUGAUGAAGUUUCAAGAAUGUUUUUUAAAAUGUGUUCAACACAUCUGAAUACAUGUGUGAGGUUGUCUCUGUUCUGUUUUCAGAAGAUCGAUUAAACACGACGACACUAAUUACUGGUUUCAGGAAGUAGUGACGUAAUCGGUGUGAAAUGCACCGACGCGUACUGGCCUGAUCUGUCUGAUGUCUACCACAACAGAGUGAGAGUAAUGAAAACCAAACUUUGUGUUUUGGCAUGUAGUAUGGACUCAUGUCCUGUAUUAGACCUCCCCUGAACUAACACAGUGACAUAACUACCAACACAGGACAUAGUUAGGGCAAGUCUUGGACCAAAUUGUUUCAUCACCGUCAACAGAAUUAUGAAGAAAUCUAAAGCUAAAGUCCACGUUAAAAAAAAAAAUUAGAGGUGAAAUUAACAUGUAGUAUAACUGAAUACGUAGUGUGUUGGUAGAUAUGUACCUGGAGCCCCAACCUGUCUCAGUCCUACAGAGGUUUGUCAACACUCCAGUACUGAAAAAGAAGCUGAUUGUUUUAUCUUUUAUUCCACUCACAGCAACCACUGGCUGGCUGCUCAGUAAAACCAAAAAUCUGAUUAAACAUCAAAAGUAGAGGUUUCACUUCACACUAAAAGCUGUGCUUCGGUCCCCUGCUCAUCCUUAGAAACCAACCACAGACUUAAUAUUUUUCAACAGCAGACAAAGGAGCCUUCCUUUCAGUACUGCCGAGUGGACACUCUGUAGCGUGUGCUGUAUUAUUGUUUAGAGCACAACACCGUUGCAAGAGCAUGCAGGAGACAACAAACCAACAGUUGGUUGUUAGAAGCAUCCGUCCCAUUAGAUAGCUCUCAUCUCCCCCUUCAAUUCUGAAUAUUUGGUAUGAAAGAGAUGUUCAUUGUGUUUAAUUGUUAACUAGUGAUGUGAAUAUUAAUCAUAAAAUAAAAAAGAUGGGCAAGAAAA